AAUAACUCCUGCGCUUCCCUUCUCGCUUCGCAGACUUUGAAGUGCGCUCAGAGCGCGGCAGCACCCGGUGCGCCCGGCACCCACCGCGAUGCCUCCGGCGGGACCCCGCGCUGCCGCCCGGCGCCGGAUGGGACCUCGCGUCCACGCGUGACCCCCCAGGCUCCCGGGUCUGCCCUGAGACGCAGGGCUUGCACUGUCAUAUUUCCCCUCGACUCAUCUCUCGUCUUCCCAUGGUCGUGUGUGUUGGCUGGGGCCUGUGAGCCCUCCCUGUCUGGAUAGGAAGCCUGUGGUCACCGGUGAGCUCAGGCACAUGCACACAGAGCAGAAGCAAGCCCUGUCCGUGUUUGGCAGCACUGUGCAGGCUCCGGUGCUGAUGCCGUAGGGAUCGCUGCUUUGCCGCCUGCCUCCCACCUCGGCCAAGGAGCUGGUGCCCUUCGGCUGCACCUGAUUCACUGCUGCCACCUCCGUCCUCCUCCUCACGAUGUGCCUGCUGGGAUGGUCCUGUGCCCCGAAGGGAGCUGUGAUCCGUGGAGCUGGAAGGAUGCAAGGGAAGGUGAGAGCCAGGACCCAAGGCCAUGCCCGUGUGGAGUGAGGAGCAGCUCUGCACCCACCCAUCACUGGAGGCACCCUGUGGCCACGGAGCUCCCCCCACGCUGCAGCCUCAGCCCAGCCAUGGACAGCGCAGAGGUGGAGUCGGACAUCCUGCGCCGUGUCCGCACGCUGCUGCGAGAGCUGGAUGGGCACCACCCCGCCGGCCACUGCGACCGAGGGAUGCUGCGAUGGACCCUGCAUAAGAAAAUCGACCAGAACCCCAGUAACAGCUCUGUCCUGGUCAGGAUCCUGGUGAAGGAGCUGGAAAGGGCAGAGCGAGGUGACUUCAGGCAUUACAUCAUCCCCCUGCUGCACACGCUGAUGUACGCCUUGAUCAAGGCUCCCUGCAUCUCCGACGAGCUCUGUGGCAGAGUGUAUGAUUUCUGCAAGAAGCUGCUCACCCUGCCCAAGCCUUUCUGCACCAUUGGCUUGGACUAUGCCGUCAGGCUGAAGAUGGAAAGGACAGCACCAGGAAUGUUGUACCAGAGAAUGGUCAUUUCCGAACAAAGCCUCAAAAGUGACCCAUAUCCUUAUCAGGAAAAGAUUUUCAUCUUUGCUGAUCCAGAGCUGCUCUCUGAAGCCAUCUGCAAUGCGCUGGUCACCGACACGGAGGCAGCUCAGGUCUCUCAGAGCCCGAGGGCAUGCAUGUGCUACGUGAUCAUCCAUGCCAUGCAGGCAGCCCUGGGAGAGGGCUGCGACAUCAGUGGCUUGAAGGCGAGCCUCCAGGAUAUGUCCAGCACUGAUGUGGAGCACUGGUUCCAGCAAGUGGUAGUGGCAGUGGAGUGUGCAGGAAGUGAGGCUGGCACUGACCGCGGGCAGCACACAGAGAGGCUGGAGAAGAUCCACCACAGCAUCCUCGGCUCCUCACAGGCAGGCAGUGCUCCCCUGGGAGGGAUGCAGGGUACGCCUCUCCCCAACCCCAACAUCAGUUUUCACCUCUGGACAGAAGAUGACCAGCUCUGGAAGGAGUUGGUGCUGUUCAUCCGCCCGCUGUCGCAGAGCUGCGAGCCCGACUGCCUCAGCCAGGACCUGGACAGCUUCGAGAUCCAGGACAUCAUUUCGGACUGCGAGUGCUGUGAGCAGAGCCGCUUCUCGGUGCUCUCCACUGACAGCGGCAUCGAGCGCGACCUGCCCGCGCCGGGAGAGGAGCCCUGCGCGCCCUGCGGCGGCGAAGCGGAGCAGUCCCGGCUCCACAGGAAGGGCGGCAUCAAGAAGAAGCCGUCGCCGCUGGAGAGCGUGGCCUUCCUGCAGGCUGGCGGCAGCGGCCCCGCCGCAAAGCCCCCCGCGAAGCUGCAGAGGAGAGCAGGCAGCCCCCCCGCGCCGGCAGCCCCGCUCCAGAGGCUGCACACUGCCCGCAUCCUGCUGCUGGGCGAUGACCGCAUCCUGGGGCGCCUGGCCCAAGCCUACCACUCCUUGAGGAAGCGGGAGACCCGGCGAGUUUUCCUGACUUCCAGGCUGAACCUGCAGUUCUACUACAUACCGGUGGUGACGGGGCAGCCAAACACCUUGGAUGUUACGGACCAUGCUGCCUCUGGCCAAGAGGAGCUCUGCGAGGUGGCUGGGUACCUGGGCAGAGCCGACCCGUGGUAUGAGAGCAACAUCAACACUCUGUGCCACAUGAUUCCCAAGCUGGCCACCAUGCCUUCCUCACCGAGCAAACAUCUUGUGACUGAUCUGUUCAUCACUGAUGUGAUCGCUUACUACGUUCGCAUGGGCAUCCAGCCUGUCUUCUUCCAGGUCUAUGCUGUGAAGGUUUUCUUCAACGACCCUGCGCAGGAGCCAGCCGAGGACGUGUUCCUCACGGAGCUGCGCACCCAGGGCCAGGACAGCAUCUCCCACAGAGAAUUAAGCACGACCAAGAAGAAAACGACCCUGGAUGGCCCUGGCUUAGAUCUCACAGUAACAUACAAGAAGGUUGUGCUGAGUGAUCGGGUGAAGGAGCUGGCUAUGUCCCUGCGGUCCACAGGUCUGGUGAUGAAAGCCAUCCCAGCUGAAGAGGCUGAAGACCUGGUAUGUCUGAAUGUGAACAUCACUGAAAUUGUUCGGAUCAACAACUUGUCGGGACGAUCAUUCUCAGCUGUGGCAAACAGGUUGAAAACACGUGAUAUCAAAAUCAGGAGCACAGAGCAGAGGCCCUUCACCGUGUGUCUGGACAAGGACAGCAGAAGAACCUACAGGAAUGUGAUCAGCCUGGAAGUGUCUCCUUGCCUAGAGCCCAGCUACUGCUUGCAAAAGACAAGGACAAUGAAAUACAACCUGCACAAAACAGAAGAUGUGGGGCUUGUGAAAUACAUGCCCAAAUCUCUGCUGCUGCCUAUCAACACAUUUGCAGGCGUCAUCCAAUGAAGGAAAAGCUGGUGUGAGAGAUGUGAUGUUGGCUCAUCACAGAGGAGACGGAAGAGGAAAACAUACUAAAAGCCACCAGCAGUGAUUUUACAGUGGUCAUGGUGUGAACCGCUGCGACAGCAGAGGUGGAUGGGGCUGUGCCCUGCUGAACGGCAGCGAUGACCAGAGCUGAGACCCCCUGCCAAGGGGCAGAGCGAGGCUGGAGAAUUGAGUUUUAACCUUUUGCACAAAACAAGGAAAACCUUCGAGCUGCUUCAUUUCAGGAAGCCUGGGGCAGACACAGCUGGGGUGAGGGUGCUGCCUGUGCUGUGGGUCACAGUCCCUGGCAGUAACAUGGUGAUAUCUCAUAGCCCAGCAGAGGAUCAGGGCUGUUGUGCAGGGUUCUGUACAGCACACUCUCCAUUCCGGCGCAGGGUGGUGUAUUUGGGCAAAUCAGCAGUUAUUCCCCUGACUGAUUUGGGAAAGCUCAUUGUAUGCCUGACCACAACUGGGAGAGCCUGUGUUUAAUGCAGCUUCUACGGGAGCCAGUGGAAAACCUGCUUUUGGUUCAAAGGUGCCAUAUAAACAAUGAAACUAGGAAAUGGGAAAUCUGGUGCAAUAUUUGGCGGUGAUGAACAGGGCACGAACAGCUUGCCCUGCCUGGGCAGUGCUGUGGGAUAGGCUGUCAAUGAUACAGAUCUGCCUGAAGAAGAAGCCAUCAUUGAGCAGACAGUGAAGCAGUACAACAGCUCUGCAAUGUCUGAGCUGACCCUGUGAGUCCACCUGGGAUUUCGCUGUGGCUUCACUACACAACCAAUCCACAUCUGGUCUGGAGCCUCAUGAGUGCCAGUUAUGUCCCUCCAGUUGUACAUCUCAGCAACAACCACCUACAACCUCAGCAGCAGCAGCAGAUCUCCUCUGUGAGGUCAGCCAGCAAUACCUCUGCAACCCAGUCUGCCAUGCAGUCCCAGUCUGGUCCAUGUCUGAUGCAUGGGUAAGAGAUGUAGAAAAGUGCUCCUGCGAUUGAUGGGUGGGUAGGAUGCCUGCAAGACUUCCCAGUUCUUUUCCUUUGCUGCUGCCACAGUGUACAAACACUCCCUUGGUUUGCAGAUGGGCAAUGAGAGGCUCAGACUAAGCCGCUGUGAAGGAUGAUGGUGCAGGAGGACCCUGACUGCAUUCCACUCUAUGGCUGACUGAAACAAUGGAAGAAACAGUGUGUAUUUAUUGACUUUCUGAAUGUGACCUGUGCUUUCUGGAGUGUCCCCAGGGAAUCUUCCCUAAAUCCACAUUGGAGGGGAUUUGGGGGGUUCCUUCUAUGGCACUAUUCUCUCAGCUCCCAGAUAACUCGUUACCUGGGUUGCCUUCACUCAGGGGUGCUUGCUUGGAUCAGCAGCCCGAUGAAAAUGUCCUUUAGCUUUGUCUGUGUGCCGAGCAGCUAUCCCCAGUCACGUCUGGCUGUCACUGAUGGGGAGUCCCUGUGCUACAGUGUGAUGCUGACCCAGCUGUGGUGGCUCUGGCACACACCUGUGUUAGCCCUGAUGGCUGCGGACUAACCCACUCCCUGUCCUGACUGUGCCGGGCCUGCCCAGCCCUGGGGAGCUGCACCUCUGGAAAGUCACUUCAGCUUCUGGAGUCACACCAAGAACGAGGAGCUCCCCUGCAGGUAUCGCAGCUUGGGGCACCAGAGAGCAGCUUCCCUGGUGCAGAGCUGCUCUGAGCCUCUGGGCUGUCCUGGCUGGUCGUGUUCCAUGGAAAUCGCCCAGUUCUUCUUGCGUCUCUUGCCAUCUACAUAAGUCUUUAAAGGGCUCAGCCUUCAGAUUUCCCUGUUUCUUCUCUUUGCCAACAAGCACACGGCUGCUGUGUUCCUGCUCCUGUCCACAUUAUCACCUGGCACAGCAGGCAUCAUUGCUUCCCAUUCCCAAGCUAAAGGUUUAUCCACUCUCACUUUGAACGUACCAUGCAGUCCAAAACAACCACUGAAACAUACUCGUGGGGCAUAGCAGCUCUAGAGCUGGCAGCAUGUGAUGGGGUAUUCAGCAGUGUAAAAAGCCUCCCCAUCCCAGGAGCUAUUUAAUCGUAAACCAGCACCAACAGCUGAAAGAUCCUGUUGGGCAACAGCAAUGUGACUGUUUCCUAAGGAAGUUGUCUUGAAAUGCUGGCAGAUGCAGCCCCUUGCUCCCAGCUGAGCCAAGCACAGUCCUCAGGCCUUAAUGUUCUUCCCCAGGAGCCACAAGGCUGCAAGAUCUCAGCAGCAGCGUUCAGUUUUUCAGUACUGUUCACCUCACAAGUCAGACACAGCUGAUCCUCACCAACACCACACCUGAGCAGUGAAUGCUUUGGUCCUGGAGGAAGCUGAAGUUCAACAGGAGGUCCAGGAACAAGUCAGGAAACCCCUGCUUGUCCUCCUGCACUGCUGCAUAAGGUAACACAGAGCUCAAGGGAGGGCCAGUGGCUCUUCACACCUCUGCCUCCUCGGGGCUUCACUGAGAGAAUUCAUGUACCCUGGCACACAAGGCAAUUACUUGCAAAGCCAAGACACUCUGCGCUGGGUUGGAGUGUGGUCUGUGGUGUCCAGUUUACUCUGUACAGGUGUAAAUGAUGUAGAUGGAUUAUAAGUUAUUUGUAUAGUGUCAGAGGUGAUCUGUGUCACAAGGUGCAAUCCUUUCAAUGCCAUUUUUUAAAAAAUCUGUUAAAAAGCUAAUAGAAACUG